UAAUAAGCAAACAUUCUUAACUACUCCAUCAGUUGGGGUCUGCAGACCUGGAGGAAAGCCAAACACUGAGGCAUAUGAAAAGAAGAAUUAUUGUAGACCUGAAGAACAAGAACAUUGGAGCACCAGAAAAAGCUUUACCCGUUGAAUAUGGAGCUACCUUCUAGCCUUGAAGAUUUGGACCCCAAAUUUGUCACACGUUGCUCACUGAUAGAGAUCAAAGGCGUUUCUUUGCCCACCACAACUGCAAAACACUGGGAUCAGAUAAAAAGCUUCAAGGCACGGCCAGAUGAUCUCCUCAUCUGCUCUUACCCCAAAGCAGGGAGCACCUGGUUGCAGGAAACUGUGGACAUGAUCCAAAAUGCAGACAAUCUGCAGAGAUGUGCUCAAGCCCCCAUCUACAAGCGGAUGCCCUUUCUGGAUAUGUUUCCUCCAAUCACCUUUCCUUCAGACUUGGACAAUGCAGAAGCAAGGCCUUCUCCACGCUCACUCAAAAGUCAUCUCCCGGUUCAUCUUCUGGCUCCAUCCUUUUGGGAACAAAAGUGCAAGGUAAUCUAUAUUGCCAGGAAUGUCAAGGACACUGUGGUUUCGUAUUUCCAUUUCCAUCACAUGAACAAAACCUUGCCACAUCCAGGAAACUGGGAAGAGUUUCUGGAUAAGUUCCUUGCUGGAAAAGUUAUCUGCGGCUCAUGGUUUGACCAUGUCUGUGGCUGGUGGGAGGCCAAGAAACGCCACCCGAUUCUCUAUCUCUUUUACGAAGACAUGAAAGAGGAUCCAAUUCGGGAAAUGAGGAAAAUAGCCCAGUUCCUGGGAUUAGAGAUUCAAGAACCAGUUCUGAAUCAGAUUUUGGAGCACACCCAGUUUGAGACCAUGAAAAGAAACACAAUGGCUAAUUAUAGUAACGUGUCUCCCUGUCUCAUGGACCACAACGUGUCACCUUUCCUGAGAAAAGGUGAGGGUGGAAACUAG